AAUCUUCCUAUUUUUCUGACUUCGUGCAUCAUGAAGGACUCGUCUAAGAGUCUCGAGGUGGGGGACCGGCCCGAGUCCCCAUAUGAUGAUCCAAAAGCCAUACAGGGAGAGAUCACAGGUGUUCACAACUCAAAGACUCAGCGAGGUUUGAGCUCGCGACAUGUUCAAUUCUUGGCUCUGGGUGGUUGUAUCGGAACUGGCCUUUUUGUGGGCAGUGGUCAAGCGCUGUCGACGGUUGGUCCUGCUCCUUUGCUCAUGGGUUAUAUUGUCAUGUCAAGUAUCGUAUACUUUGUCAUGAACAUGCUCGGUGAAAUGACCACCUAUCUCCCGGUCCAGGGUGUUUCUGUGCCGUAUUUGAUCACUCGAUUUACGGAGCCCAGUCUUGGAUUUGCUAUUGCAACAGAAGUCACCGCAUCUGGCCUUGUCAUCGAGUAUUGGCAGUCACCAGUCAGCGUAGGUGUAUGGAUCGCAAUCAUUCUCGUCGUCAUUCUGCUUUUAAACAUCGUCGCAGUCUCUUGGUUCGGCGAAGCCGAAUUCUGGUUCGCAUCACUCAAGAUCCUCGCAAUCCUGGGUCUAAUCAUCCUGGGCGUCAUACUUUUCUUCGGCGGUGGUCCCAAGCAUGACCGUCUGGGUUUCCGAUACUGGGAGCACCCAGGUGCCUUCGUGGAGCCCUACUUGGUCCCGAAUAUCAACACAGGCCGCUUUCUGGCAUUCUGGACCGCUAUGAUCAAGUCCGGAUUCUCCUUCAUUUUCUCUCCAGAGCUGAUCACUGCUGCUGCCGGUGAGGCUGCCUCGCCACGCCGCAAUAUUCCCAAGGCAGCGAACCGGUUUAUCUACCGUUUGUUCGCUUUUUACAUCUUGGGCAGCUUGGUCAUUGGUGUGACAGUCGCAUACAACGAUAAGAACCUCCUGCAGGGUGUUGCGAGCGGAGGUGCUGGUGCUGGCGCCAGUCCGUUCGUUGUCGGCAUCCAGAAUGCUGGUAUUUCUGGAUUGAACCACGUUAUCAAUGCUGCCAUUCUUAUAUCUGCCUUCUCAUCGGGUAAUUCUUGGCUCUUUGCUGGGUCUCGCACACUUUACUCGCUGGCGGGUGAGGGCCAGGCUCCGAAACUUUUCCUUCGCUGCAACAAAAAUGGCGUGCCGUACAAUGCUGUUCUAAUCACAUGGGCAAUUGGUUUACUCUCCUUCUUGAACCUAUCUACUUCAGGUUCAACCGUGUUUUAUUGGUUUACUAACAUCACUACAAUUGGAGGGUUCGUCGCUUGGGUCAUCGUGGCAGUAGCAUACUUGCGUUUCCGAAGCGCUUUAGACUUCCACGGACUGCUCAAGUCGCGGCCCUUCAUUACUCCAUUUCAGCCGUACGGCGCUUACUAUGUUAUGGGCUUCGUGUCACUUUUGGCUAUUACCAACGGCUAUACCAUAUUCUUCCCAGGUUCAUUUACCGCCUCGGAUUUCCUUGUUUCCUACAUUGUCUUCGUGAUCUUCUUCGUGUUGUACUUCGGCCAUAAGUUCUAUUACAAGACGCCAUGGAUGACCAAGGUGUCAGAGCUUGAUAUUUUCAGUGGCAAGGAUGAGAUUGACCGACUUGAAGAAGAGGAGAUUGAACCGCACCCGCGCAACUGGCUAGAACGAGUGUGGUGGUGGAUUGCAUAG